AUGACCGGCUCCUGCUGUGGCUCCACCUGCUCCAGCUGUGAGGAAGGCUGCUGCCAGCCCUGCUGCUGCCAGCCCUGCUGCUGCCAGCCCUGCUGCUGCCGAGAUCCCUGCUGCUGCCGCCCCUGCUGCUGCCAGACCACCGUGUGCCGCCCUGUGACCUGCGUGCCCCGCUGCACACGCCCCAUCUGUGAGCCCUGCCGCCGCCCCAUCUGCUGUGACCCCUGUGGCCUGCAGGAGGGCUGCUGCCGCCCCAUCACCUGCUGCCCCACGUCCUGCACGGCCAUUGUGUGCCGCCCCUGCUGCUGGGCCUCCACCUGCUGCCAGCCCAUCUGUGUGCAGGCGCCCUGCUGCCGGCCACCCUGCUGCCAGCCUGCCCCCUGCCGCACCACCUGCAGGACCUGCCCCUCCUGUUGCUGCUGA